AUGAUUCUGGACCCAAACAUUGGCGCUUGGCAAGGCACUCGAGUCCUCCCCCGCGAAGCCAAGCAAACAUGCCACGAUGACAUGCAGUCAGAUACCUGCGAGAAACCUGCCAUGUCAACAGGACGUUUGGCGCUGGUAGUCGAGCUACUGCAGCCUGCCGAUCACUUAUGCAUAAUCGCUAAAAUGCCGAAACGCAUCAAGAAGCUGGUCGUUCUGAGACAGGCGCUACGGAUACUUUGCGGUCAUUGCACCCACAAUUCGAAUAGCUGGAUGGUGAUUUACAAGGGCUGGGACGGGAUUUGGCAUGCGUUUACAAUGGCGUUAACGAGGACUAUUGGUUCUUGGCGUAGCGACAGUCACCUUGGAAAUUCGAGAAUACUUUUGAUGCAUGAUCGUGUCGCCUUGGUUUUGAGAUUUGCCAAUUCAAUAUCCAGGACCAACUUUCAUUUGCGAGACAACUAUAAGAACUGA